AUGCUGUUGACAAAAUUGGAUGGGGAAUCAAUGCGACUUGCCAUGACUGCGCCAAUCAUGGAUUGGAAGUCUCGGCUCACCCACCAAGCUCUUCCAGACCAGUUACUGGCUGCUUCAACGACAACCGGAGUGGAACCUGGCCACAUUGACCCCAGUCGUAUCACUCGUUACGUAGCCGGUUAUGUUCUGUUGUUUACAAUUUUUUGUCUUUUUAUUACCAAGGGUUUCGCCAGCAAUUCCGCCAUCCGGGCCUAA